ACGCCCUCCAAGCUGAUGUAUCACGUAAUCACACCUCAGUGAACUGUAGCAUGCCUGUUAAAUGUCGCCAGGGAGGAAAGAGCGGCGGAGAUGUCACUGAAAGAGAUAUUAACGACAUGGAAUGAAGCAAUCAUUUAUUUUGAAAAUGGCAAAUUUGAAGAAGCCAUUGAUAAAUUUCGACAAAUCGUCGACCCAUCAGCGAAAAUCCUUUUCAACAUAGGUGUAACCUAUUUGGCAGCAGCAACACCCCAUCACGACCAGGCUUUGAAGUGGUUCUCCGAUGCCAUUACCAAAGAUCCCUUCUUGGCGGUGGCCUAUUUCCAAAGAGGAUGCACAUACCUCAAGCUACAAAGGUACAGGGAGGCGGGGGUGGACUUUCAGAGUACACUGGAGAAGAUGCGAGGAAGCAGUCUGAUCGACUACAGGCAGCUAGGCCUUCCCAUCAAACUCUACACAAGCCAGGUACUGAUGAACCUGGCUCUGGUGUUACAGAACCAGUCUGACACACAGGGAGUGUGUAAAUGUGUCCACGACGCAUCUCGACUUGUGAAGGAUCCACAACAUGAACCAGUCGUCGUCACUGCCUUGUCCUCCUUGCCGACUCCAUGUCUUUCACUGCUGGAGUUCCCCAUAAAGGAGUUGGUAUUCCGUCCGGCGAAGUCACUGGUUGCCAACCUACAGAAAAAGGACUUCUUGGGCCAGGCAAAGGUGGUGUCGUCCAUGUCUCGGCAUGACAAGUUCGUUGGAUUUGAAGGUGCCAGGAAGUGCCAUUCAAAUCCAGCCUCACCAAAUCCAUCCAGAAAAAGUGACCAUCUAAGUGUUGACAAUGUCAAGGCCAUGAAGGGGUCCUUGACCCCUCCACCUCCGACCCGACCUCCUCCUGUGCUGCCACCUACAGCUAUCAGGGACUUCAACAAUAAAUUUCUCCAAACAAGCUCAGGACAAAAUGGCCACGUAAGGUCAAGUUCAGGUGAAAGGUCAAGGCCAAUUCCCCCGAGUCGUGCUCCACCAGUUUUGAAAAAUGGGACAGCCUCAGUGAAGAAAGACAAGCCUCCACGUCCACCGCCUCCGGUAUUGAAGCGAAAGGUGUAGCUGUGAUGAACAAGUCAAUUUCAGUCUUGUUUUUAACAAUGCCAAUAGAAAAUUCAUAAUUUAUUACCUUUUUUAACUUGAAUUAUGUGUAUUUUAUUUCUUGAUAGCUAGUCAAAAAUCUGUUUUAUCACUUACUGUUAUGGUAUAGCAUUAAAUGAAGCAGGUCGAGAUAUUUUGCAGUUCAGAAAUAGUUUUACAGGUUCUACCAACCCUCACAGUAAUGAAAAGCUGGAAAACUAAUGUGAAAAGCACCCAAUGUUUUUUUCCACUGAACGCAGAUUUACGUUAUCACCACAAAAUUGUGCAUUGCAUGUUAAGCUGCACAACUGAUGAGACAAACUAACACAAUACACACCAACAUAUUGAGCAGGAAUUUACAUAGCUGCAAACAAAGAAAUAUAGGUUUUUGCCUUGCUUGUGCCAUGGCUGCAGUAAUCCACUCCACUCCAUGCCACUCGAGUAUACUCCACUCCACAUGAGUACAGUCCACUCCAUGCCACUCGAGUAUACUCCACUCCACAUGAGUACAGUCCACUCCAUGCCGCUAGAGUAUACUCCACUCCACAUGAGUACAGUCCACUCCAUGCCACUCGAGUAUACUCCACUCCACAUGAGAACAGUCCACUCCAUGCUGCUCGAGUAUACUCCACUCCACGUGAGCACAGUCCACUCCAUGCCGCUCGAGUAUACUCCACUCCACAUGAGUAGUCCACUCCAUGCCGCUCGAGUAUACUCCACUCCACAUGAGAACAGUCCACUCCAUGCCGCUCGAGUAUACUCCACUCCACAUGAGUAGUCCACUCCAAGCCACUCGAGUAUACUCCACUCCACAUGAGAACAGUCCACUCCAUGCCACUCGAGUAUACUCCGCUCCACAUGAGUACAGUCCACUCCAUGCCGCUAGAGUAUACUCCACUCCACAUGAGUACAGUCCACUCCAUGCCACUCGAGUAUACUCCACUCCACAUGAGAACAGUCCUAUCCAUGCCACUCGAGUAUACUCCACUCCACAUGAGUACAGUCCACUCCAUGCCGCUAGAGUAUACUCCACUCCACAUGAGUACAGUCCACUCCAUGCCGCUAGAGUAUACUCCACUCCACUCCACUCCACUCCACAUGAGCACAAUCCGCUCAAUGCCGCUCGAGUAUACUCCACUCCACAUGAGUACAGUCCACUCCAUGCCACUCGAGUAUACUCCACUCCACAUGAGAACAGUCCUCCAUGCCGCUCGAGUAUACUCCACUCCACAUGAGUACAGUCCACUCCAUGCGGCUCGAGUAUACUCCAUGCCACUCGAGUAUACUCCACUCCACAUGAGUACAGUUAAGACCUUUCUAUUCUAUAUAUGAACACCAGUCCAUUCUGUAUGUGAAGUGGUCACACGAUGCCCAGUAAUCUAAGGUGCUGCACUUGGCUGUGCAGAGUUGCAUCCCUUGGGCACGCCAGAAACCAAUGAUCAUGGGUUUGAAUCCCCUGAUUAUGUUUCUAGGUUUGUCAGCACCAUACCAAAGUGGUAAACGUCUGAGACCUGCAUCACUUCGGAAUUUCCUGCCAUGUUAAGCUAACACUGAAACAUGUAACUUUAAUACUGUUUAAACCCAACUCACUCACUCACUCUGUAUAUGAACACCAUUCAAUCCUGCAAUUCACUGUUUUCAGUUAUGAUUGUAUGUUUUGUAUGUUUAUAUGUGUUUGCUCAAGAUCUCCACAGUCCCAUACACUUGUAUACAAGAACCUAGUCUUAAAUGUCUUUACAAAAUAUUGUAAUCAGAACUAAUCACUCAAUUAUGCCAAAUGUAUGUCUUUUGUAUGCACCACGACUUUUGUAUGUGAGCAGGUGAGCUACAGCACCUCGCUAUGCAGUGUUGUGCCCCUUAGAUUUAAAGAUCUGCAGGUUGGGGUGCCAUGCCUGUUUUGUUAUUAUCCUUAUCCGUGCUCAUUUUCAUUCAGUGGUAAACGUCUAAGGGACUGCUAACUUAUUAUGGGAUGUAUGGCAGAGGUUUUUCAUGCAAGAAAUGAACCUCCCUUAUUGCUCAGCGGUAGAAACUAACAUUUUUAGUCCACUAGUCCUUAUAAUGAUAACAUAUAGCAAAACCCUUAAAAAUGGAAAAUUUCUACUAGUCCUUAUGAUACCUUAACCAUUGGGCAGUUUGGCAAGGAUUAUAGAACUAGUGCCAAUUUCUAACACUGUCUCCUAUUUUUCGAUUACCCUCCCCAUGAAAAGACAGCUAAAGCUCCUUAAUUAAAAUGUCCAAUUUUUCAUGACCCUCCCCAAAUGUGUGUAUUAUUGUUUUGUUUUUGGUGACCCUCCCCUGAUUUCCUGUGACCCAACCCACCCAGUCCCGAACAGUGGCCUGAUGGAUGGCUAUGUACUAUCAGGAUAUAAAAUGUAAAUCUGAUUAUGUUUCUUGGUUUGUCAGCACCCUACGUGCUCGUUGGUCUCACCAAAAUGGUAAACACCUCAGACCUGCAUCACGUCAGGGUUUCCUGCACAUUAAACUGACACGCCAUGAUAUAACUGGAAUACUGUUCAAAGAGGCGUUAAACCUGACUCCCUCACUCACUGUGUCUCUGAGCAGAGCCAUAUGCUGUAGUUCCACAGACAGCAGGGGUAAUAAUAAUGAAAAUAAUAAAAAGUGCAUUUAUAAUGCGCCAGAUUCCAUUCACCAAGUGGAUGCUCAUAGCGCUACACUAUUAUUACUCCGGUCUAUGGAUCAGUGAGCACUCGAUUUUCAUUCUCAGCUCCCUGGGGAGUAUACAACCCAAGCUGCCUGUGAGACCAGUUGUCAUAUCCAAUCAGUCUGCAGCUCAUUUUGGACAAGCGAUAUUGUUCAAUAGCUAGAUUUUGGGAGGAAACAACUAACUCUGUCUAGAUUUUCACUUGUCUCGGACUAAUGAGCUCGUGGCAAUGUCUAUUCCUGUAUAUUGUGAAGAGUUUGCCCUUAAAGCAUUUUUCAUUUUCCUCUCAAGGCCCAAAUACCUUCUGCCCACAUCUUCCUGAGGCAAGGGAGUUAACUGGCUGUAAACGUUUACUUUCCACCCUUGCCGGACUGGGUUGGGAUUUCUUGGCUCAAUCGUGCCACCAGUGGCUAGUACAAGUUAUGUCCCUUUAAGUCCCUCCACGGUGGCGCCCAGUCAAGACAAUCUGAUCAAUGAUCAAGAUCUAUAUUGUAAUAAAACGGGUCUUACUUUCCGAGUGCAUCAAAUCAUAUGAGCACCUUGAUUAAAAUUGUGAAAAGAUUAUCUGUUGCCAAGUUGACCUGAUUAAAGUCAAGUGAGCUUAUGUGAUGGCCUCCUUGUCCAGCAUCCGCCGUGCCGUAAACAUAAUCUCCCCAGGAACCACUGGACCAAUGAAGCUAAAAGUUCACAUGCUAGUUCCCACAAAUGUUGACACCUGAAGAGGUUUUAUUUUAAAUUUCAAUUAUAUUUUAAAAUCAUUUUUGGUCCUUUACUUGCUCAUUUUUUUACAAAAUGUCAUGAAAUUUGGUAUAUAUCUAGUUAGCAGUGUGGCUCAACAUAUAUGAUCCUAUUUUGUGAUAUUGUACGUUGCUAUUUUUAUUCAGCCUUUGCGCUUUGAUGUGAAUUCUCUCAAAAUGAAUUUUAUUGCAGAAUAAAUAUUUUCUCUUGAAGUUACCAGAUAUCUGAUUAUGAACAGAAAUUUGUUAAUCAUUAGUUGAGUAACCUCCUUUUUUAAUGAAAAUAUUAUGUUCGAUCAAUCCAUUGUACCUAUAUUUGUCAGUAUAUAAUAUUUUUUUUGUUUUUCUGGUCUGCAAUUGUCAGAUUAUAAACCUGAACGUUUCCGAUUUCACAAUAAUCAAAUGUAUGGAUCGUUCAUUGAUUGAAAUGCCCUUAUAUCUUUCAAGCUACAUGAUAAAUAAAUUGUGAUUUUUUUACCACAAAUGUUCAUCCCAUAUGUUCAUACCUACUGUAUCAUUGUAACCCUACGGACAAAAUACACCUCACUUUGUGAAUCUCACCGUCACGAUGAUCACAAAUCGUAAUUAUAGGAUUGGACAUAUUCCCAAGGCAAGGGAGUUAACUGACCUUAAAAGACCACUGGAAUUUUAAAGUCAGUUACCUCCCUUGCCUCAGGAAGAUGAGGAUUGGGUGGUCUGGAUUGGUCACUUGAUUGAUAGCAUGACAUCAUACUUCAAUUGUUGCUCACAUGGGCGGAUACAGAGGCGGGGGUGCGCACCCCCUCUUUUUAUUUCCCAAAAAAAUCUUUAUUUCUGUUUAAAUUACCACCAAAGACAAUAAAUAGAUCUUAAUUGUGCACCCCCCUUUUCAAAAAAGCUGUAUCCGCCCAUGGCUCAUAAUACCAAUCACUUGAUCACCUAAUCCUGACUUGAUUAUUUACAGGUUGCCAUCUUAAUGCUCGAAUAAUGCUGCAGUAUACAAUAAAAUAAGCUUACGACAGAGGUGUGAGUAGAUGGAUGCUGUAUGCCCCAUUGAAAUAGUGUUUUAAAAUUAUUAGACAGGCUCAAACAAAUAUGGGGUGGGAUACCCAGGGUUUAAAGCUGCCUCUCAUGCUGAAAGCCUAGGUUUAAUUAGAUCUGUACAAUAUGUGAAGCCCAUUUCUGGUGAUAUUGCUGGAAGAUUGCUGAAUGUGGUAUAAAACCAUACUCAAAUCACGCAAAGAUUCAGAUUUUAAAGGAAAAACAGAUUCAGUCUGAAAUAUGUAUUUUAUGUGAGGAUUCUGUUGCUUGAAUUAGUAAACAGGGUAGGAUGUAUUGUUAUAAUGGAAGGCCUACACUCCCUCAAAUAUUCUGAACAGGUUUUAGAAGAAUGUUGUUGAAUGUCACAUAUUUAUCAUGACUCAUUGUGCUGGUCACAUGAUAUUUAUGAAUAUUAUUCAUGUUAUUCCAUGUAGUUAUACAACUUAAUGUGUCAAACAUCAUUCCAUUCUUGCCAUUCAGCUAACUCACGGAAUCUUUGUUUAUUAAAUUAAUUUAUUAAAACAUUAUCACGCACA